AUGGCGGAGCUCGGAUGGGAGGAUGAGACUUACGCCCCGGAGGAUGACAAGAUCCCAGCAGCACCAAAGGCAUCUGGAGCCAAAGAAACCUUUGCUUCGACCCCAGACGGCCCAUUUAAACAAUCGCACUGCACCACGUGCGAUACCUGCGGCAACGGUGUCAUCGCGCCUAACAAGGGCAUCAUGAUCUAUUGCCAGGGCUGUGCAAUGGCCUACCAUAAAACCUGUCUUGGGUUCCGCAGCACUCGAGACCAUCUGGUGACGAAAGUUGGGCCGGAUCAGUUCGUCCUCCAGUGCAGACACUGCAUUGGUGUCCGCAAGAAGAAAGAUUUCCGCGCUCCAAGCCUCGAAGUCUGUCAAGUCUGCCGGGACAAGGGCCAGGCAUGCGACGCUUUCGCUCCCAAGCGGUCGGCUUUGCAAGAGCAGAGCUGCGCGAGGAGAAUGACGGACAAGAUCCCAUUGUCCCUAUAG